GUUCUCCAAGACCUAACAAGAGAGGAUCGGAAGGGUUGCGGUCGGCGGCGAAGGGAGAGUGAGCGAGAGAGAUGAAGACGUUCGAUCCGUGGCCCGUGUUCUUCAAGAGGGAGUUUAACCGGAACUGGCCCUUCCUCGUCGGAUUCGCCAUCACCGGCUGCAUCAUUGUUAAGAUGACCGCCGGCCUCACCGAGGAAGAUGCCAAGAACUCCAAAUUCGUGCAGGAGCACAAAAGAAAGUAAACUACUUGUCAUGGACGCUUCACUGCUUUCGGUGAUGAAGCUGGCUUUUAUCCUCCGUGAGUUAAUUCUUAUGGAAGUUAGCUUGGUAUGUUAUCUAUGCAACUUGACAUAGUGUCUUUAAUCCUGAAAUAAGAGUUGGUUCAAAUGAUAGACCCAAGUUUACUGCGUUUAACUUUUGUAAGUUUUCAUUAUUUUUGUUGGUUC